ACACACAAGAUCGCCCAACAAAUCAACACAACCUUUGACAAUUCCCUACACGACCGUGGGUUGAUCCCCUCACACUCUAGGGAUGUUAAUUGUGUGAUACAUAUAUUGAUUCUCUUUUCAGUUGGGGCCGUACCACCACACAACUACUUAUUUUGAUGAGCUACCUACAGUAUCUGACCUCCCAUCUGCCACAACUCCCCCCCCUGUUUUUCUACAUACAUCUUCAAAGAUGACCCGAGCCCAACAGACUCUCUCUGUCCUCCUCUUAAUCACAUCGCUUUACCUCGCCCUCUACCUCGGCCUCAUUCCUCUAAAUCCCACCAUCCAGAAUGAAAUAAUACCAGUCCUCCCUUUCUACUCCCUCAUGGUAAUAGGCGCAUACAUGCUCUUCCGCCUCGGGUGGGGUGUGUAUGCCUUCAACGAUGUGCCUGAGGAGUACUCAUCGCUGCAGGAGGAGAUUCUGGAAGCGAAGAACAAGUUGCGGGUGGCAAAGGUGGACGUUGAUUAGGGUGGUUUUAUGCAUCUUUGUUCAGUCUUUUAUGGUCUGGGUUGUGAUCAAUGAACAGAGGCCAGGAGGAAGCAGGGGAUGGGAGAGGAAAGAAAGGUUGGAGGUAGGAGGAGACGAGACGGAAAUGUCAGGCUUCUUUAUUGAGAUGGGUGCAAAGAAUGUUGAGCCCCGAUGAGGGAAAUUUUUCUUGUUUUUUUCUUGUCUCUUUUUGCUGUUUCUUAUACCUGUUUGUUUGGCUUCGUUCAUUGUUAACAAGGUAUCCUCCAUAAUCCAAGGCUCUUUCUUUUUCCAGUGCAAAAUAUUUCUAAUAUCUAUAGAAUCUUCAAUUUUAAGAAAUUCUAAACC